ACUUCGCGUCUAUCAGUAGAAUACGCGCGGGUGAACAUUACCGAAUUCUACCUGGCCUUGGCGGCAAUCGUGCCGGCCCAUAUAAGGGAAGCUCAACUGGCACCGUCAGAGCCGUUGUGAAGGAACAGAGCAGCUCACAUUCUAGUCGCAACUCCCAUCCAGACCUCAUACAGCUGUGAGGCUCUUCGACAACAGCUGCGAUGGCGAACGGCUUCCUUCAGUACCUGCGGGGCUCCCACAAUGCGCCUGGCGAGCGCAAGCUGGUGCAGAAGCUCGACUUCUUCAUUCUCACAUUCUGCUGCCUCAUGUACUUCUUGAAUUACCUCGAUCGCACCAACCUGAACAACGCAUACGUCUCGGGCAUGCGGGAGGAGUUGCACUUCAAAGGCAACCAGUUGAACCAGAUUAACACUGUCUUUACUGUUGGCUACACUAUUGCCCAGGUGCCUUGCAACAUCGCUUUGUACUAUAUCAAACCGAGAUAUUUCUUCCCAGCAUGCAUGGUAGCAUGGGCGGGCUUGACAAUGGUGACGGCUGCAGCCCAGAAGCCUCAAGACAUCAUGGCCAUUCGCUUCUUCCAAGCCAUGUUUGAAGCAUCGACCUUCGUUGGGACCCACUACAUCCUAGGCUCCUGGUACACUGAGAAGGAACUGGGCAAGCGCUCAGGUAUCUUCACAGCGUCUGGGCUUGCCGGUACCAUGAUCGGAGGGUUCAUCCAGACUGGCAUCCACUCUAGCAUGGACGGGCUGAACGGUCUGUCAGGGUGGCGGUGGCUCUUUGUGAUCGAUGGAAUCAUCACAUUGCCUGUCGCCCUAUAUGGCUUUCUGCUCUUCCCCGAUACCCCAAGAAACACGAAAGCCCCAUACCUCAGUGCAGAUGAGAAAGCUCUCGCGAUCUCACGUGUUCCAGAAGUCUCUGAGCGAACGCCUAUCUCGUGGAGCUUCUUAAAGCACUGCUUUUCGACCUGGUACUGGUACUUCUUCGUCAUUCUCUGGAUCCUCGCAGGCGAAACCGAAUCGUUCAGUACAAACGCGCUUCUCGCUCUGUAUAUGAAGUCGCACCCAGCGAAGAAAUACACUGUGACACAGCUGAACAACUAUCCGACUGGGAUCCCCGCGGUCGGUAUCGCCUCGACACUCUUCUGGGCGACGCUCACCGACUUCAUAGGUGGCAAGCGCUACCUUGUUGGGUAUUGGAUCGGUCUGACCGGUGUUAUUACAAGUGCUUUGAUCCUAGCGUAUCCGGAGAGCACCACCAUACACUUUGCGAUGUACUACUGGGCCGGCAGUGUUUAUGCCUGUCAAGCCACCUUCUUCGCAUGGGCUAAUGACGUACUGCGCUAUGAAGAAGACAGCCUGCGCGCUGUGGUCAUCGCAUCGAUGAACAUGGGUAGUAACGCCGUCAACGCAUGGUGGUCAAUCGUAUUCUACGGCGCGAACUUCGCACCUUUCUUCACACGUGGCAUGUGGGCCAUGAUUGCAGUGUCAAUUGCAAUGGCCAUCUGGACAGCACUGCUCGUGUGGCAGCAGGUACGGACCGAAGAGAGAAGGGAAAUGGAUAUCAUUUCAACGACACGUGCGACCAAAGAGCAGGACCUGGGCCAGGCUGAUCACCUGGCUCACACGGUCGAGAAAGUUUAGGGCAAGCAACUUCGUUGA